AUGGCCGCUUCCCCAUCUAUCCUCCUCAUCGGCGCCGGCGAGCUCGGCACGGCUGUCCUAGAAUCCCUCGUCGCGCACCCCAAGCGCAACGGCGGUCCCAUCGCCAUCUUACUUCGGCAAUCUAGCAUAUCCUCGCAAGACCCAGCCAAAAAAGCGCAGAACGACCGUCUUAAGUCUCUAGGCGCUACCUUCGAGGCGGGAGACCUAGCGGACGAUUCUGCCGAGAAGCUCGCUGAGGUGUUCAAGAAAUACCAUACCAUCAUAUCGUGUUCGGGCUUCGGCCUACCAGCUGGAACCCAAGCCAAACUCACACAAGCAGUUCUACAGGCAAAAGUGCGGCGGUACCUCCCCUGGCAAUGGGGCAUCGACUACGACGCCGUGGGGGGUGGUAGCGCGCAGGACUUGUUCGACGAGCAGUUGCGCGUGCGCUCGCUGCUGCGUUCGCAGCAGGAUACGGACUGGAUCAUCGUGUCGACGGGGCUGUUCAUGAGUUUCCUAUUCCUACCCACCUUCGGCGUCGUCGACCUACAAGAGCGGACAUUGCGCGCCUUGGGGUCCUGGGAUGCUCGGCUGUCGCUUACCACGGCGACGGAUAUCGGACGUAUGGCGGCGGAGGUGGCGUAUGAUCCGCGGGAUGUCUCGCAUCAGGUGGUCUAUAUCGCGGGGGACACGGUGACUUAUGCUCGGAUUGCGGAGCUGGUGGAGAGGAGGUUUGGAGGGGAGUGGACGAGGGAGGUGUGGGGUGUGGAGGGCUUGGAGGAGAAGCUGAGGAGGAGGCCGGAUGAUGGGAUGCUUAAGUAUACGAACGUGUGGGCUGUGGGGAGGGGCGUGGCGUGGGAUAUGGAGAGGACGCUUAAUGCGCAGAGGGGGGUUGAGUUGCAGGGCUUGGAGAGUUAUUUGAAGGAGAUGCCGGAUUUAUAA